GGGGGCCGCGCGCAGGCACUCGGAGCGCGCGGCUGCAGCAGAGGAGCCGGAGCCGGGAACCGGAGCCGGGAGCCGGAGCCGCGGCCGGAUCGCAGCCCGCGGGGCCCGCCGCAGCCAUGGGCAACCGCGGCAUGGAGGAUCUCAUCCCGCUAGUCAACCGGCUGCAGGACGCCUUCUCCGCUAUCGGCCAGAACGCGGACCUCGACCUACCGCAGAUCGCGGUGGUGGGCGGCCAGAGCGCCGGCAAGAGCUCGGUGCUCGAGAAUUUCGUAGGCAGGGACUUCCUGCCCCGAGGGUCAGGCAUUGUCACCCGACGGCCCCUGGUCCUGCAGCUGGUCAAUGCCACCACAGAAUAUGCCGAAUUCCUGCACUGCAAGGGGAAGAAAUUCACUGACUUCGAGGAGGUACGCCUGGAGAUCGAGGCUGAGACCGACCGGGUCACUGGCACCAACAAGGGCAUCUCGCCGGUGCCCAUCAACCUCCGCGUCUACUCGCCUCAGGUCCUGAAUCUGACACUGGUGGACCUACCCGGAAUGACCAAGGUCCCAGUGGGGGACCAACCUCCUGACAUCGAGUUCCAGAUCCGGGACAUGCUUAUGCAGUUCGUCACCAAAGAGAACUGCCUCAUCCUGGCUGUGUCCCCCGCCAACUCCGACCUGGCCAACUCUGAUGCUCUCAAGGUUGCCAAGGAGGUGGACCCCCAGGGUCAGCGCACCAUUGGGGUCAUCACCAAGCUAGAUCUGAUGGACGAGGGCACAGAUGCCCGAGAUGUGCUAGAGAAUAAGCUCCUUCCCCUGCGCAGAGGCUACAUAGGGGUGGUAAACCGAAGCCAGAAGGACAUUGAUGGCAAGAAGGACAUCUCAGCUGCCUUGGCCGCUGAACGCAAGUUCUUUCUCUCCCACCCAUCCUACCGCCACUUGGCGGACCGCAUGGGCACACCCUACCUACAGAAGGUCCUCAACCAGCAACUGACCAACCACAUCCGGGACACACUGCCGGGGCUCCGGAACAGGCUGCAGAGCCAGCUACUGUCCAUUGAGAAGGAGGUGGAGGAGUACAAGAACUUCCGACCUGAUGACCCAGCACGCAAGACCAAGGCCCUGCUGCAGAUGGUCCAGCAGUUUGCUGUGGACUUUGAGAAGCGCAUUGAGGGCUCCGGGGACCAGAUUGACACCUAUGAACUGUCAGGGGGAGCCCGCAUCAACCGGAUCUUCCAUGAGCGCUUCCCCUUUGAGCUAGUCAAGAUGGAGUUUGAUGAGAAGGAGCUCCGGAGAGAGAUCAGCUACGCCAUCAAGAACAUCCAUGGCAUUAGAACGGGGCUCUUUACCCCAGACAUGGCUUUUGAGACCAUUGUGAAAAAGCAGGUGAAGAAGAUCCGAGAACCGUGUCUCAAGUGUGUGGACAUGGUUAUCUCGGAACUAAUCAGCACGGUUAGACAGUGCACCAAGAAGCUGCAGCAGUACCCCCGGCUGCGGGAGGAGAUGGAGCGCAUCGUGACCACCCACAUCCGGGAGCGUGAGGGUCGCACCAAGGAGCAGGUUAUGCUCCUCAUCGAUAUUGAGCUGGCGUACAUGAAUACCAAUCAUGAGGACUUCAUAGGCUUUGCCAAUGCUCAGCAGAGGAGCAACCAGAUGAACAAGAAGAAGGCUUCAGGGAACCAGGAUGAGAUUCUGGUCAUCCGGAAGGGCUGGCUGACCAUCAACAAUAUUGGCAUCAUGAAGGGGGGCUCCAAGGAGUACUGGUUUGUCCUGACCGCUGAGAAUCUGUCCUGGUACAAGGAUGACGAGGAGAAAGAGAAGAAAUACAUGCUCUCCGUGGACAAUCUGAAGCUACGGGACGUGGAGAAAGGUUUCAUGUCAAGCAAGCACAUCUUUGCCCUCUUUAACACUGAGCAGAGGAAUGUCUACAAGGAUUAUCGGCAGCUGGAACUGGCCUGUGAGACACAAGAGGAGGUGGAUAGCUGGAAGGCCUCUUUCCUGCGGGCUGGCGUAUAUCCUGAACGCGUUGGGGACAAGGAGAAAGCCAGCGAAACAGAGGAGAAUGGCUCAGACAGCUUCAUGCACUCCAUGGACCCACAGCUAGAGCGGCAGGUGGAGACCAUCCGGAACCUGGUAGACUCAUACAUGGCCAUCGUGAACAAGACCGUGCGUGACCUCAUGCCGAAGACCAUCAUGCACCUCAUGAUCAACAAUACGAAGGAAUUCAUCUUCUCGGAGCUGCUCGCCAACCUGUACUCGUGCGGGGACCAGAACACACUGAUGGAGGAGUCGGCGGAGCAGGCGCAACGGCGCGACGAGAUGCUGCGCAUGUACCACGCACUGAAGGAGGCGCUCAGCAUCAUCGGCGAUAUCAACACGACCACCGUCAGCACGCCCAUGCCCCCGCCCGUGGACGACUCCUGGCUGCAGGUGCAGAGCGUACCGGCCGGACGCAGGUCACCCACGUCCAGCCCCACGCCGCAGCGCCGAGCCCCCGCCGUGCCCCCAGCCCGGCCCGGGUCGCGGGGCCCUGCUCCUGGGCCUCCGCCUGCUGGGUCCGCCCUGGGGGGGGCGCCCCCCGUGCCCUCCAGGCCGGGGGCUUCCCCUGACCCCUUCGGUCCUCCCCCCCAGGUGCCCUCGCGCCCCAACCGCGCCCCGCCCGGGGUCCCCAGCCGAUCGGGUCAGGCAAGUCCGUCCCGUCCUGAGAGCCCCAGGCCCCCCUUCGACCUCUAACCAGAUCCCUCUAUUCCUCGGAGACCUCCCUUUCCAAGCCUGCCUGGACGGCUGUUCUGUGACUUGACAGUGGCUCCC